UGGCUCAAGAAGAUCAGCUUUCUGCGAUUGGUGCUUCGCGUCCUUGUCCCGAGUUCCGUCAGCCCGCAGUUCCGCUAGUCCAUGGCCAGCGAUAUGCAUCCAUCAGCCCACCAAGAGGGAUUCCACCUGGCGCACAAGCCAACAGGUGCCAUCUCCAAGAACAUUCCGCUCUCCGAGGUGAACCGACACUGUUUGCCCGAGGAUUGCUGGGUGGCGCUGAACGGCAAGGUCUACGACCUCUCCGAGUUCAUGGAUCGCCAUCCCGGCGGCCCGACCAGCAUCGCGGCCUGGGCGGGGAAGGACGCCUCGAAGUUGUUCAACGAGAUCCACAAGGGGGUGAAGAUCGAUUCGUAUCUCCGCCCUGAGAGUCAGUUGGGUAACCUGGGCGUGGACGCGGACUUGAUGUCCGAUGAGUUCUGGCAUACCUUGCGGGAGGCGCGCAUCGUGGAGGUCCGCGAGGAGAUCGACCGCGUGUUGCGGGAAACGGCCUAUGGUCACAAGGCGGACAGUUUGCCAAGGCUCCUGCAAGACAGCAACUUGGACCCUCAGCUGAAAAUCAAGCUGCAACGCUUGGAGACACAGAAGAGGGCCGCCUUGGAUGCGGAGGACUAUACCAGAGCCUUGGACGUGAAGAAAGAGAUUGAAACGAUUCUCUCGGACCAGGCCCAUGCACAUCUUCAUGACAUCCCUUUGGACAUCCCCAACUCCAAUGGUGGCAUUCCAUUGUCAGAGGUGGCUCGUCACAACAAGCCUCAUGAUUGUUGGAUUGCCAUCAACAAGAAUGUCUACGACCUCACGGAUUUCUUGAUCCAUCAUCCAGAGCAGCGCAAUUCCAUUCUCGCUUGGGCUGGCAGAGAUGCGACUCCGAUGUGGGACAAGAUCCCGGGACGUUUCCCCAGCAAGCAGUGGAUGGACUUCUUCAUGCGAAGUGAAUGGAAGAUGGGCGAUGUCCGCGCUGAGCCCCAAAGGGAGCCUGUCUACGAGCAAUUGAAGCAGCUGAAUGAUGAGUUGCGCAGACUUGAGGGACCCUCCAAGGAGGACAUUGAAGCGGCAAAGACAGCAGUGAAGGUCCCAGGUAAGACAGAUGCGCCCACCCUCUCGGAGGAGUCUCGCUUUCCAAAGCUGGCGGAAGUCUCCGCUGGCAAGGAGCUUCCGUUCUUCACUCGUGCUGAGGUGGCGAAGCACACCACUGCAGAGGAGCCGUACAUGAUCAUCCACAACCGCGUCUACAACUUGAAGCCUUUGAUCGGAAGCCAUCCAGGAGGUGACGACAUUUUGCUGACCAAGGCGGGCACCGACGCCACCAAGGACUUCGAGGUCUUUGAGCACUCGGAGAAGGCUCGGGUGCAGCGUGACCGAGACAUGUUGGUUGGCCAAUUGGUGCCAGGAGAGAACACCGAUUGGUCAGCGGAGGCCACAGUUGCUCAAGUGGUUGGUGAGGAGACGUCCGAGGUGGGACGAUACAUGAAGUACAAGGCCACAGAUAUUGCGAUUGGUGCGGUGGCAUGGUAUCUCUACAAGACCGUGCAAAACACCAAGCCUUUGUCACAGUUCACCUACAGCCGUGCAUUGCGACACUUGCAUCUCAUCAUGGCCGUGGGAAUCUUCGGAGCCGUUGGAACAGCUCAGGCUGCCUCCUACUCAGAAGGACAGACGAGGAAACAGAUGCUGUGGUGGCACAAGCAGACCGGCCUCGCGAUGCUCUUUGCUCUGGUUGCGCGCUUCUUCCUCCGCAUGCAGAGUGGAAUUCCUCCCCGCUUCCCAGGAAAUCCCAUGGUGCAAAUGCUGGAGACACAGAGCCUUCGUGCCUUCUACGUCCUUGCGCUCUUGUUGCCCGUGUCCGGCAUUGCCAACGAAUACUUCUUGAAGUGGGCUCCAGGCUCUGACAAGACUGGAAAUGCUGAAGAUGACAAGAGGAAUGACAGGUUGGCCAAGCAGUCCAUCGAUGCCCACAAGUUGCUCGGUAAGUUCCUGCAAUUCGCUUGGCUUCCCUUCCAUCUUGGCUACACCACCUUCUACCAUUGGACUCAGGGUCGAGGUGUGGUCAAGAAGGUCUCUCCAUUUAUUUGA